AUGAACGAUUAUUAUAUUUUGCUUUAUGGAAGUAUACCAGUUUGUCUGCCACAAGUUAUAGGAAAUUUAUAAUAUUUUUGGAAAAAUAUGGGAAAUUAUCGUUCUGAUAAAUCAUUGUUAUGUUCAAGAGGAAUGUUCCAUAUUAGGGAUCAGAAAAAAAUGUUAUCAUCCAAAUUUACAUCGUUGAAUAUAAUAAAGUUUACAAAAUGAUUUAGAGCUCAAAAUAUUAAUAAAUAAAUUGCUAUAUGAUGCAAAGUGGAACUUCAUAACAUUGUGUUUAAGAUUUGAUAUAAAAGAAAUGAUCUAAAUAAAUAUCAAGAAAGGAAAAUCAAUUUAAACAAUCCCAAUACAAUUAAUAUCUACAUUCUUUCUUAUUUGGAAGCGUUGA